AUGGCCUCCGCGGCGUCAUCCUCCACCGAGACGGCGGCUCCCAAGACGGCCGACCUCAAGGAUGCCGCCGGCAAGGACAUCUCCGGCUCCGGCAUCCGCCGCCGGUUCCUCGAGUUUUACGAGCAGAGGGGCCACGCGCGCCUGCCCUCCUCCUCGCUCGUCCCGGAGGACCCCACCGUGCUGCUCACCAUCGCGGGAAUGCUCCAGUUCAAGCCCGUCUUCAUGGGUCAGGCGGAGCGCGCCGUCCCGUGCGCCACCACCACCCAGAAAUGCGUCAGGACCAACGACAUCGAGAACGUGGGCGUCACCGCGCGGCACCACACCUUCUUCGAGAUGCUCGGCAACUUCUCCUUCGGCGACUACUUCAAGAAGGAGGCGAUCCAGUACGCGUGGGAGCUCGCCACCAAGGAGUACGGCCUCGACGAGACUCGCAUCUACGUCUCCGUCUUCAGGGAGGAUGACGAGGCCUACGCCAUCUGGCGCGACGUCGUGGGCGUCCCUGAGGAGCGCAUCAAGCGCAUGGACGAGGCGGAUAACUUCUGGGCCGCGGGUCCGACUGGCCCGUGCGGCCCGUGCUCCGAGCUGUACUGGGACUUCCACCCGGAGCGGGGUGCCGAGGGUGCCGACCUCGAGGACGAUUCGCGCUUCAUCGAGUUUUACAACCUCGUGUUCAUGGAGAUGAACCGCGACGCCAGCGGCAAGACGGCGCCGCUCAAGAACAAGAACAUCGACACCGGCAUGGGCCUCGAGCGCAUGGCGCAGAUCCUCCAGGGCAAACCCAACAACUACGAGACCGACCUGAUCCGUCCCAUCAUCGACAAGGCCGCGUCCAUGGCCGGAAUCUCCUACGACGACGCCGACGACGCCACCAAGCUGAAGCUCAAGGUCAUCGGCGAUCACACCCGCGCCGUCGCCUACCUCGUCUCCGACGGCGUUCUCCCGUCCAACGUCGGCCGCGGGUACAUCGUCCGCCGGUUACUCCGCCGCGUGGUCCGAUGCGGCCGCCUCCUCGGCGUCAAGGCACCCGAGGGUGCGCAGGCGUUCACUCCCACCAUCGCCGAGGUGGCCGUCGGGAUGAGCGGCGACUGCGACCCCGAGGUGGCGAACCGGGCGCCAAAGAUUUACGAGGAGUUUGAGCGCGAGGAGCUUCGGUUUGCCAAAACCUUGGGCCGCGGCGAGGAGAUCCUCGCGGAUAUGAUCGCCGCCGCCAAGGCGAAGGACGCCGAGGCCCCCGAGCUCUCCGGCGACGACGCUUUCACCCUCUACGACACGUACGGCUUCCCCCUGGACAUCACCACCGACGUGGCCACCGAGGAGGGCGUCGCCGUCGACGUCGAGGGUUUCGAGGCGGCGAUGGAGAUCGCGAGGACCCUCAGCCGCGACGCUCGCGUCACCGUGGACGUCACCGCGGGCGACCUCCUCGCGACGAUCGCGGACGAGCUCGGCGAGCCCACCAGGUUCACCGGUUACGGCAGCCUCGUGGAGCAGUCGGUGACUGUCCGCGCCAUCGUCAGAGCCGGGGAGCGGGUAGACUCGGCGGCGGCGGGCGAGACGGUGGAGGUUGUACUCGACGCCACCCCGUUCUACGCCGAGGGCGGCGGGCAGGUUGGCGACGAGGGCGAGAUCCAGCUGGCGAACGGCGUCGUCCUCUCCGUGCGCGACUGUCGAAAAGCCGCGGGCGGGCGGGUCUUCGUCCACGUCUGCGAGGUCACCGGCGAUGCGUCCGGGUCGGUAUCCGUCGGCGACGCCGUCACCGCGGCGGUGGACGCGGAAUCCCGCCGCCGGGCAAAGGCGAAUCACACCGCCACGCACCUCCUCCAGUCCGCGCUCAAGAGGGUGGUGGGCGAGGACGUCUCGCAGGCGGGUUCCCUCGUCAACACCGAACGGCUCCGCUUCGACUUUAACGCCCCCGCGGGUCCCACCCCGGCGCAGCUCGAGGAGAUCGAGGCGCUCGUCAACGGCUGGAUCGGAGACGCCACCAACCUCGUCGCGCAGGAGAUGCCCAUCGCCGAGGCCAAGAGCCGCGGCGCGACGGCCAUGUUCGGCGAGAAAUACGGCGACGUCGUCCGCGUCGUGGACGUCCCCGGGGUGUCCAUGGAGCUCUGCGGCGGCACCCACGUCGCCAACACCGCGGAGAUUGGCGGGUUUAAGAUUGUCUCCGAGGCGGGCAUCGCCGCGGGGGUCCGACGCAUCGAGGCCGUCUCCGGCCCGGGCGUCGUCGAGCUCCUCAACCAGCGCGAGGGGGUCGUCCGUGAGCUCGCCGGCGCCCUCCGCGUUCCCCCCGAGGAGAUCGCCGGUCGCGUGACGUCGCUGAUGGACGACCUCAGGGCGGCGCAGAAGGAGGCUGAGGCGCUUCGAGGCGAGCUCGCCGCGGCCAAGUCCGUGGCGCUCGCGGCGGACGCGAUCGUCGCGUCGAACGGGUCCAGGGUGCUGGUGGCGAGGCUGGACGGCGUGGACCCCGCGGCGCUCAAGUCGGCGGCGGAGAGCUUGCUCGCGAAACUCGCGGGCGAAGCCGGCGGGGCGGGCGCGGCGGUGGUGCUCGGCAGCGGGAGCGCCGACGGCAAGGUUGGCUUGGUGGCCAUCUUCGACGAAGAGGUGCAGAGCGCGGGGGGGCUCAAGGCGGGCGCGGUGCUGGGCGCAGCGGCGAAGGCGUGCGGGGGUGGCGGCGGGGGUAAGCCAGGGUUCGCGCAGGCUGGAGGGCGCGACGCGACGCAGCUGGACGCGGCGUUGGACGGCGCGCGCGACACCAUCGUCGCGGCGCUGUCCAAGUGA